AUGGUCGCGUCUAGGCUAGACAGACUCGUCACAUUACUGGACAAGGGCAGCACUCAACUCAUCCGGAACACCGCUGCCAAUCAGCUCGCGGAUAUCCAAAAACAGUCUCCCGACAGCCUUUUCGCCCUGCUCUCCCGCAUCCUUCCCUACCUUCAAAGCAAAUCCUGGGAUACGAGAACAGCCGCUGCCAAGGCCAUCGGUGGCAUCGUUGCUAAUGCUGAGCCCUUUGAUCCCAAUGCAGACGAAGCUGAAGUCAAGUCGGACGACAUUAAGGCAGAAGACUCCGUAGAUCUCCCUGAUCACGUCCUGCAACUCGCCAAUCUCAAUGUUGGCCUCAUUCUUCAGUUCGGCAAGACCUUGUUGUCUAGUGCCGGAAAGGAAUACGAGUAUGCUCUUGCGGGCAUCUCGUCCUCUGAACGCCUGGCUCGGCAGAAAAAGUCGUUGUCUGCCCGGUUGGGUCUGAAAGGCGAAGUCUAUGAAGAUGAUCUUGACAUCGACAUGGAGCUUGCCUCACACUCACCUCAUCGUGGAUCCACCAAGAAGGAUGUCACAAACGGGCACCAUAGCUCGAAGUCUAACUCUCCUGCUGUAGCGUCACCCCCGCCAGACGCUUCAGAGGCGAGCUUGAGCAAACGUCAACUGAACCAAUUGAAACGAAAGCAGAAAAUGUCUGCCAAGUCAGGCAUAAGCAAGAUGCGUGUCGUCGACCUCUCGGUCCGUCGUUCGUCAGAGCACUCACCCGCGCCACUGCCAACACCGCACGGUGUCAAACUGAAUGAGAAGAAUAAUGGUGAUAGCGAAGAGGAAUCCAAGCCAGACUAUUUCUCCAUCAAGCAAGAGGGCGGUGACGAUGAUACCCAGUUGAUCAAGGAGUUCAAAGGCGAAGAUGGCGAAGAGAAACCAAUCAUUCAACCCGACGAGACCGAAUCAAACGAGUGGCCAUUCGAGGUCAUGUGUGAUUUCCUUGCGUACGACCUCUUCUCCCCAUACUGGGAAAUCAGACAUGGCGCUGCUCUAGGUCUGCGAGAAGUUCUGCGUGUUCACGGCAGAGGCGCUGGGCGACAAUAUGGCAGAUCCCGCCUCGAAAACGAAAUCGCAAACAAUCGCUGGCUCGAAGACAUGGCCGGUCGUCUCCUCGCUGUCCUCAUGCUCGAUCGCUUUGGUGAUUACGUAUCCGAUACCGUUGUUGCACCAAUACGGGAAUCAAUAGGUCAGACGCUGGGCGUGCUGCUUACUCAGGUGUCAGAUACAACUGCUUUCGCUAUCUAUACACUACUUCAACGGAUGAUCAAUCAGAACGAUACUGGCUUGAAAGUCCCAAUCUGGCAGGUCUGCCAUGGUGGCAUGAUCGGGUUGCGGUACUUCGUGGCUGUUCGCAAGGACUUACUGAUGGAGAACGCCGAAAUCAUCGAUGGAGUAAUUGCUUCCGUUACCCAAGGUCUUGCUCACCAAGAUGACGAUGUGAAAUCCGUGAGCGCCGCAACUCUGGUCCCGAUGACCUCGGAGCUGACCACCGUCCGACCUGCAGCGAUCGGCCCGCUCAUAAAUGUCAUCUGGGACUGCUUGCUCGAUAUGCAGGACGAUCUAAGUGCUAGCACUGGCGCUGUGAUGGAUCUCUUGGCCAACCUUUGCUCAUAUCCUGCCGUCCUCAAUGCUAUGGCUCAGAACGCGCAGAAUGACGCCGAACAAGCUUUCGACAUGUUGGUACCGCGUCUGUAUCCAUUCUUCAGACACACCAUCACAAGUGUCCGCUUGUCGGUCCUAAAAGCUCUGACGACAUUCCUGAAUACUUCCGAAGUCAGUGGCACCAAAUGGAUUGAUUGGCGUUUGACACGCCUUCUCUUCCAGAAUAUGCUAUUGGAACGCAAUGAAGGUGUGCUAAGAAGCUCCUUUGAUCUCUGGCAGUCGCUUGUGUCUCUGCUUCAGAGACAGGCACCACUUGGAUACCACGAUGAGAUCGAGUCUCAUAUCAUGCCAAUGAUCAAGUCUACCACUCAGCCUAUAGGACAAGUCAGAAGCCCUCUCGCCAUGGAUACAUCUCUUCUAAUCAAGCCGUCGGGUGCGCCAAUGACACUCGCUCCAGCCCGUCAAGACAGCCGGGACGGAGAUCAACCCGCAAAGAAGCGCCGAAAGAUGGAUAAAGAGGAACCAAGUUCGAAACGAGACUCGCACAACACCGAUGCUCAUGUGAUCAACGGCGACGUUGAAUUGGUAGGUUUUGAAGUUUUGCUUCGGACCAGAAUCACUUGCGCUCGAGCUCUGGGGCUGCUUGUUCCACUCCAGCCCCAGGCCACAGUUGACCUGGUCUGGGCAGACCUAAUUACUUCACUUGAAUCGCUCUAUUCUAGUCCACGUCUGUUUGCGUCAAUGAUUAUGGAAGAACUGGCCAGGUCACAGUCUGGAAAACCAUCAACUAUUGCAACCAUCGCCCCGCAGAUACAGCGGAUGCUCGACAGCGUUGGAGAAGGGUGGUACGCAGACCUUCUGCACUCCAUUGUGGCUGCCCGUGGUCAAUGCAACACUCUGAUCACCGCCUUUGCCAAUAACGCAAACGUGCCUCGCAGCAAGCUGCCCACAAUUGCUGCUGUGUGUCAAGGUGACCCCGCGGCCGGACCCAAUGCAUUUUCUAUCCAGAACGCCGAAGCAAUCGUAACUAGCGAUUUUGAGCGGCUGAUCAGCGGCCUGACUCCGGCUCAACGUGUGGCAGGAGUCCAAUACCUCAACGACGCACGCGAUAAUGCCAAGGCUAUCGUAGAUGACGCCAGGCGUCUUAAGGAGAACCGAGAUAUUGCUGUUCGUGCGGCUGGUGCUUCGAUAUUGGUGGCCCUACAGGAAGUCCCCAAGAAACCUGGCCAGUUGAUCAAAUGCAUUAUGGACAGCAUCAAAGCCGAAGAAUACGAAGAGGUCCAGGGUCGAUCUGCAUCAGCAGUUGCUUCUCUGAUCGAUUUUUACACGAAGAGUCCCAAAAAAGGGCCUGUCGAUAAGCUGGUCUCCAACUUGACGAAGUUUUCAUGUGUCGACACCUCGGAGACUCCGGAAUACGAACCCAAUGCCGAAUUUACAGACAUCAUGCUCUCGCUGAGAAAAGAAGAAGAUCGCAAAGAUCAUCCUGACGCAGCUCGAUUCGAACGCGAAGCCAAAGAAGCGCGAAUCAUGAGACGCGGAGCCAAGCAAGCUCUGAAACAGCUUGCGCAGAAAUACGGCGCCUCCUUAUUGAAUCAGCUGCCCAUCCUGAAAGGUCUGAUCGAAGACCCGUUGCAGUCUUGGCAGGCGAAGUCUAUCGACGAGAAAUUUAACAACACCCAAGGUCAGGAGCUCGUGGAUGCACUGUCUGUCCUGAGAACGCUCACUCCGAUGCUGGACGUGGACUUACAUCCUUGGAUACUCUCACUCACCACUUCCGUGACGAAGGCAUUGCGAAGCCACCUCUCUGUUAUCCGUUACGUUGCGGCCAAGUGUUUUGCGACAAUCUGCAGCGUGCUCUCGGUCCAGGCCAUGACAAUCCUUGUCAAAGAUGUUGUUCCUAACAUCGGUAAUCCUCUGGACCUCAACGAUCGGCAAGGCAUCACAGAGUGCAUCUACCACCUCAUUCAAGUCAUGGGCGAUCAGAUCCUUCCGUAUGUCAUUUUCCUCAUCGUGCCUGUUCUUGGGCGCAUGAGUGACUCGAAUGACGAUGUUCGUCUUCUUGCAACAACAUCCUUCGCCACCCUGGUUAAGCUCGUGCCGCUGGAGGCCGGCAUCCCAGACCCCCCGGGCAUGCCCGAGAGCCUUCUUGAAGGUCGGGAACGUGAGCGGAAAUUCAUGGCUCAAAUGCUGGAUCCUAAGAAAGUGGAGCAAUUUCAGAUCCCCGUGGCGAUCAAAGCAGAACUGCGGCCCUAUCAACAAGACGGAGUCAAUUGGCUGGCUUUUCUCAACAAGUACAAUCUACAUGGCAUUCUCUGCGAUGAUAUGGGGCUUGGAAAAACCCUUCAGACCCUAUGUAUGGUUGCCAGUGAUCAUCAUAUGCGCGCGGAGGAAUAUGCUCGCACUCAAGCUCCCGACAAACGACGUCUGCCUUCGCUCAUCGUGUGCCCACCCAGUUUAUCAGGUCACUGGCAGCAAGAGAUCACUCAAUUCGCACCGUUCCUCACCUGCGUGGCAUAUGUCGGUGGACCGGCGGAGAGAAGCAGCCGACGGAGUCAGCUAGCCAAUUCUGAUAUCGUCAUCACGUCUUACGACGUCUGUCGCAAUGACAAUGAAGUCCUCUCUGCGCUCACUUGGAAUUAUUGUGUUCUGGAUGAGGGGCAUCUGAUCAAGAAUCCCAAGGCGAAGAUCACACAAGCGGUGAAGAAGCUCGACAGCAAUCACCGCCUCAUUCUGUCAGGCACGCCGAUCCAGAACAACGUUCUUGAGUUGUGGUCUUUAUUCGACUUCUUGAUGCCGGGCUUCCUCGGUGCGGAGCGAGUCUUCCAAGAUCGGUUCGCGAAGCCAAUUGCAGCCAGUCGCAAUGCAAAAUCAUCAUCCAAGGAGCAGGAAGCCGGUGCUCUUGCCAUCGAAGCACUGCACAAGCAAGUCCUGCCGUUCUUGCUUCGUCGACUUAAGGAAGAAGUGCUCAAUGACUUGCCCCCGAAAAUUCUGCAGAACUACUACUGCGAUCUGAGUGAUCUUCAAAAGCGACUCUUUGAUGACUUCUUCAAGAAGGAAAAGAAGACCGUGGAGGCAAGUGUCGGCUCAAAGGACAAGGAAGCCAAGCAGCACAUCUUCCAGGCCUUGCAGUAUAUGCGCAAGCUAUGUAAUGCGCCUGCGCUUGUGGUCAAAGAGGGCAAUGCUCAAUACGAUGCGGUGCAGAAGCAACUUGCAGCCACGAAAUCCACUCUCCGCGACGUGGUUCACGCGCCAAAAUUGGGAGCACUCCGAGAUCUGCUGGUCGAUUGUGGCAUUGGUGUUGAGACUAAGGGGCCUGAAGAGUCAGCAUCCACAUUUGUGUCGCCACACCGUGCCCUCAUUUUCUGCCAAAUGAAGGAAAUGCUUGACAUGGUCGAGACCGAUGUCCUGGGGAAGCUUUUGCCCAAUGUCCAACAUCUAAGGCUCGAUGGCAGCGUUGAAGCCACAAAGCGGCAGAGCAUUGUGAACAAAUUUAACAACGACCCAAGCUAUGAUUGUCUGUUGCUGACUACGAGUGUCGGAGGCCUAGGUCUAAAUCUGACAGGCGCCGAUACCGUCAUCUUUGUGGAACAUGAUUGGAAUCCGCAAAAAGAUAUUCAAGCCAUGGACCGUGCUCACCGAAUCGGACAGAAAAAGGUCGUAAAUGUGUACCGCCUCAUCACGCGGGGCACCUUGGAAGAGAAGAUUUUGAAUCUGCAACGCUUUAAGAUUGACGUGGCGUCGACCGUGGUCAACCAGCAAAAUGCGGGCUUGGGCACCAUGGAGACGGAUCAGAUUUUGGACCUCUUCAAUCUCGAAGCGUCUGAAGCAGCACCCGUUGCUGGUGCUGACACGACGCGUGAUGAGGAUUUGGUGGAUCUUCAGACAGGCGAGAUCAAGAAGAAAGGAGAGAAACAGGGCUGGCUCAAUGAUGUUGGAGAGCUCUGGGACGACCGGCAAUACGAAGAGGAGUUUAACCUGGAUUCUUUUGUUCAGAAUCUACAGAAAUAG